AAGCGCGAAAUUUUAUUAGAAUACACAGAUCACAGUGCCCACAUUUUACGUAUAUAGUCAGCGAGUACACUUCGAAACCAAAAACAUCAUUUCCAAAGAGCUACCCGGUAUGCCUUACUGGGGAAGAUGUGGUGGAUGUGGUGCCACAGAGCAAUUAAACGACAUGUUUAGUACCACGACACCGUAGUGGUGAUUCCAUGUGCCCAGACCAACGUUUAUAGAUACUUUUUAUCAGCGCGUGGCUACGGCGACCUUUCGGAGGCUACGUCAUUGCGCGUCGACAGGUAUUCUGCUGGCUACAAUCUCGGAGGUCAUACCACGUAUUGCAGGUUCACUGAAACUCCACAAGGUGGCUGUGGUCGUUUUCUGCAACUACGGUUUUCGCACGGGUUUUCGACGGUCUUCGAAGCGCGCAUGGUUGUGAGUCGAGCCCGUCGAUCUGACGUCUGGCAGCUGUGCUUGUACAAAGUAGCACUUGUGGACAUCGUCGAUACAAGGUCUGUCUAGAAGACGUCGCGUCAGGUGGCACCGCGGCCGUUCACGAGUGUGCUGCGCCGUGAAUGACGCUCCAGCGUACACCUUACCUCGACGGCAGUCCGUGACGGCAGCUGUGUGAUUGCGCCGCGACUUGUCUUUUUCGCGGCGAGCGAUAAAGGUUUCAAUCGCGCCGAGUUGAGUGGCUGAUAGCGUCCGCCCUCGUGACGGGGGGCGUAUUCUUUGGCUUGUCAGAUCGGCCAAGCACGCUGCAUUCCCUUUCGGCAGUCGCGGAAGCCGCCUCCGACGAUGGCCUGGACCAAGUACCAAGUGUUCCUCGCGCUCAUGCUCGUCUUCACAGGUUCCAUCAACACAUUGGCGACAAAAUGGGCGGACUCAUCGCUCUCUGUCGGUCGAGACGGCAAGCUGAGGCUAUUCGACCAUCCUUUCCUGCAGGCGGUCGGCAUGUUCUUGGGGGAAAUGUCGUGCCUGUUGGCCUUCCGUGUUGUCUUCUUCUACUACACCCGCAAGGCCAAGGCAGGCGAGGCAGUUGAGCUGCCUCCCAGUGUGAGCGGCAGCCGAGACUUCAACCCACUCAUCUUCCUCCCUCCGGCCAUGUGCGACCUGGUCGGCACUUCCAUCAUGUACAUUGGACUCAAUCUCACCUACGCUUCCAGCUUCCAGAUGUUGCGAGGUGCUGUGAUCAUCUUCACGGGGCUGCUGUCAGUGGCAUUCCUUGGGCGCCGGCUGAGAUCGUACGAGUGGAUUGGCAUCCUCGGAGUCAUGUGUGGCCUGGUCGUGGUGGGUCUGUCUGACAUCCUCUUUCCCGACAGCCAUGCGACCAAGGGCCCCAACAGCAUCAUCACCGGUGACCUGCUGAUAGUGCUGGCCCAGGUGAUCACAGCUUCCCAGAUGGUGAUUGAGGAAAAAUUUGUCACCAAGUACAAGGUUGCACCCCUGCAGGCUGUCGGCUGGGAAGGCUUUUUCGGUUUUGUAGUGCUGGGGACCUUGCUGGUGCCAAUGUAUUUCAUCCCAGCUGGCAACACCAUCUUCCAGAACCCUGGUGGCCAGCUGGAAGAUGCCAUCGAUGGCUUCAUUCAAAUUAAGAACAGCUGGCACGUUGCUUUGGGGGUUGUUGGCACGGUGCUGAGCAUUGCAUUCUUCAACUUUGCCGGUAUCAGUGUGACGAAGGAGCUGAGUGCAACCACGCGCAUGGUCCUGGACAGUGUGCGAACCCUGGUCAUCUGGCUAUUCUCGCUGGCUGUGCGUUGGCAGGGCUUCAACUGGACGCAGAUAGUCGGCUUCGUGGUGCUCAUCCUCGGCAUGUUCCUCUACAACAACGUCAUAAUCCGCCCGUUCCUCAUCAAGCGGGGCUGCCUCAGGGACACAGAUUCACAGGACGACCUCAGCGGGCUGAUCCAAGAAGAGCGGCCCCCAGGCACUUCUCGGCCAUCUUCCAGUGCGGACGAAGCAAACCCUUAAUGCUGCUCUACAGGGCGCAGCAAUGCCUACUGUUCGCCAGAGUGUGGUAGACUGCUCAGCCCACGAAACCAUCGGAACUGUGGUCGAUGUUCUUUUUGAUGAGCUAGUGUAAAUGUUGGUAAGGUUGCAGUUGUGGUCCUUGGGACUGCUUUGCAACAUUAAUUGGCUCGUUGUAGAUGUCCUGCGGUGCUUCUAAUGAUGUUCGCAUGGCGGCCAAACUCCUAAGCACCAGACAGUCAUUUUCUGCUCGUGUUUCCUGAGGCCGAAGUCAACUGGUGUCACCCUUUCCAUCUUUGGCUGUCGAAAGAAGCAGCUGCCUUCCAUGCCUUGAGAUGCUCAGUUGUGGCUGUGCGAUUCCACACUGCCUUUGUGCAUGCUUUGAAGGAUCCUCCUGAAACAGAUCAGUGCUGCAACAUUGCCCAAUGGGCAUCUACAUGUUGGCUGGGGCAGUGCCCUAGGCUUUACUGCACAGUAUGACAUGACUUUUAUUUGCUGGCAGAAGUAAUGCGAGGGCAUCUAAUGUGGCACUACAUGCAUUCUUGGGGGCAGUGUGUGCCUUCUAAAACGUUGCACAUGAAUUGUGCAACGUUAAAAUGUUGUGGCUGAGCUCGUAGCUGGCCCAAGGCCCUAUGGUAUUUGAAGAAAGCCUGAUAUGGCAGCGUAUGAAUGUGAAUAUGUUGGGCAAUCUCUCUCUAUAAAAAAGAAGUCUUUGUUUUUUUUCUAUUUCUCUUGCAAGUGAUGUAACAUUUGUACUGAAGUUAAUUAAGGCAACACAGAGGCACUAUUGCCUAAGGCAUGUGCAUGCAGUGCCUGUAGAUGCGGUACCAUAGGAGAAUCUCGAUAGUUGAGUGCGCUUCCCAAUGAGCGAAAGAGUGUGUAUCUCCUAGCUGCUGAUUAGUACCUUGCAUCGAGCUGAUACUUCAGUGCACUUCAAAUUUAUUGCUGCACUGGGUGCUUGUCAUGAUGCACAGUUCUGGGGCUGCCAGUAUUUGGCUGUCUUGUGUUAUGUUCCAUCCAAAAAUGUAAGUACUUUGAACACUUGUUUUUGUGGUAUCUAAUUGUAAUAAUCAAUCAUUUGCUGUGAAAAAGGCACAUUUGAGUGUACUUAGAUAUGAAAAUAUUUUUUACACGCAUGGUUUCAUGGUUUUACACUGUAUACUUCUGUGCAGAGCACGUUCUAGGGGUUAUGCAAACAUAGGGCUUGUAGGGCUCAAGAUCUGCAAGCUGUAUGAAAACUGGACUGUUGAAACGAAGAAAUUUUAGCACUUGAAUGCAUGCAUUGCAGUUUAAGUGAAGAGCUUGAUAUUUUGGUGCAUGGGCACAACUUGUUUUUAGUUAAGUUGAUAUUGGUUCUCCGACUAAAAUUUUAAUGUGUCUGUAAGAAGGUCAUGUUGGCUUCAACGGAAUCUGUGAUGUACUACCAGAUGACUAGUUUCCUGUGCCCUUCAAGAUUUUCUUUUUUUGUAAUAAAGCAGAUAUUUCUGUGAA